UUAGCACUCUUACUUGUUUCUUUUAAUGCUGUCCUCCAGACACAAAAGGAGCACCUGUUACAUACCAAAUUGGCAUUAGUCUCUAUCUUAAUCCCCCAAAAAUGCUCAAAUAAAUAAACAAACAAACAAACUUCAGGCAAACCUGUGUCCGUGUGGAAACAAAGUGAUACCACUAAACGUUUCUAUCUUAUUUCAAGCCCUCAGAUCCUUUCAGGCCUUCCAGCCUCCUCCACACUGGGACUCUUUUCCACAGAGUCCUUCACCCCACAGAGUGGCCCCAGUUUAGACCAGCUCACAGUCUCUCCUCAGGCACGACUUACCCCCUCUCCGUGCAUGAGACCCCUGGGAAGCAAUCUGUCAGUCCACAGUGUGGCUUUCUCUAGCUCCUUUACAGGGUUAUUUUCAUAUGAAAAUGUAUCAAGGGCCUUGGUUGAAAAAAUGGCCAUUUUAAAAAUCAGAAACACCUUUCCUGGAAAACUGCUGUGAUCUGAAAAAUUUUAUUCCCUUUUAAUUACUGACAGACAGGUAUUUCAUAUGAGGGUCCACCGUGUCACAGGACCUUUGGUGGGCACCUUCCUUCCAGGAUUCUGUUGAUCCUCACAACACCCUGGAGACUAAAUCUUUAUCGUCUCUACUGUAAAGUUCAGAAAAGCAAGAAUGAGAAUGUUCACGUGACUUUUGCAAGGUCACAAUGCUAAUCAUGCAGAGUCAGAAUUCUGUCCCGGCUGUGUCUGACUCCUAACCCAGGCUCACCACUGUGAUGGUGCAGACACAGGCACACAUGUGUGCCCACACACAGAGGAUGGCCCAGGGCGGCUGGUACACACCAGGGACAUCUAGAGGCCUCAGUGAGGGCCUCAGACCAGAUCAUCAGGGAAAUAGAAAAGGAGGGCUGGGAAGGCCAAGAUCCAAGAACUGGAUCUGGGGCCAGGCAGCUCCAAGGAGAAUGAGGGGGCGCUGAUGGUGGGAAUUGCCCUGAGCUUCAUAGAGGAAGGUAGAUGAGAGGCCACCAGGUGCCACACAUCACAGGACACAUGUGGGUGGCAGGAGGCGGGUCCUCUCAUGCCCAGGCCCUGUCUCACCACGGCGGGCAGGGCCCAGGCCAGGAUAAAAGGGCUCAGGGCCGGAGCACCUGCAUCCACUCACCUCCUGAGGAACUGAGAGACCCAGUGCUGCCUGUGACCAGCUCCUGAGCACCCGCCUGCCGAGAUGUCCUGCCAGCAGAGCCAGCAGCAGUGCCAGCCCCCUCCCAAGUGCACCCCCAAGUGCCCUGCCCCGAAAUGCCCCCCAAAGUGUCCCCCUAAGUGCCCUCCUGUCUCUUCCUGCUGCAGUGUCAGCUCUGGGGGCUGCUGUGGCUCCAGCUCUGGGGGCUGCUGUGGCUCCAGCUCUGGGGGUGGCGGCUGCUGCAGCUCUGGGGGUGGUGGCUGCUGCCUGAGCCACCACAGGCGCCACCGCAGGUCCCACUGCCACAAGCCCCAGAGCUCUGGCUGCUGCAGCCAUUCCUCGGGGGGCUCCAGCUGCUGCGGAGGGGGGAGCAGCCAGCACUCUGGAGGCUGCUGCUGACGGGGACCCUGAGCCAAGAGCAGCAGAAUCUGGGACAGCACACACCAAGGACGUCCUCCUUCCCUCCUGGGCCUGCCUCAGAGGCCGGGGGCUUGCGAAGAGCUCAUCUCCUCCCUUUGGGUCCAGAAACUCAAAUCCUCCCCUAACCCCCAGCCACUGGCCUUGGACCUCAUCUUGGUGGCUGACUUCCUUUCCCCUGUCAAAGACUCUAACGUCUUAUUGUCUUACAGUGUUUAUCUGACUGA